AUGAACAAACAUUUACGUAAGGUUAAAAAAAGGACUUUUCGUUUAAAAAAAAAACCAAUUCUCUCGUAGUGAACUUAUAGUUUCUUCAUCAACGCCUUGAGGAAGACUUAAUUUGUCUUCAAACGAGAUUUUUGGGGUAUAAAAUAAUUUUCAAUUUUUUUGAGUCAUGAAUUCACAAGAAUUAAGUUCAAUUCUGAUUUUUUUGGUAUUUCGGAAAAAGCUUAAUAAAGUUAAGGUAUCUUUUUUUCUGAAACUGGCUCGAGUAAGUUUCAAUAAGGGUUCUUCACGCGGAAAAAAAGAAAAAUGAAAAAAUGAAAUUUUUUCAGAAAUCAAGUUGAUAACAGCUAACUUCCGUAUUUUCAGGCGAUUCCCUUGGUGGAACGAGAUCAUCUACCGCCAUCUGCACACGAAACGAUCGUCGAACAGAUGGUUGCCGGUGGAAUUGCGCCAGAAGAAAAUAUCCAGAGGUACAGGGAAAAUAGUUCAUUCGCAGCUUCCUUAACGAAUUAAAUCGAUCAUUUGUUUUGUUGUUUAAGUCAGAGAUGUAAUCGAACAGGCGACGAAUAAGAACUUUAAAAGUUAUAACGAAAAACUGCCUUGGGCGAACAAGGAGUCCAAACGUGUAUAUGAUCAAGUUGAAAACAUGGUCUUACGGCCUUUCGCCUCGUUUUUCUGCGCGUAGUUCAUUUAGUUACGCCUUGACGAGCUCAGAAUGUAGUGAAUCUUGUGCUGCGAGCCCGGAAACCGUGCUCUAAGUGGAAACCUAGAAAAAAAAAACUGAAAGGUAAGUAGAACAUGUUGGGGAGCUAUUCGGAAGACGUUUGUUCAUUUUCUCCGAAGAUUCAAACGCCUUCCGAGCCUCUAAAAGAAUAAGAUCACUAGUUUUAUCUGAGAAUUAAUUAAGAAGAUAUAAAAAAACCUAUCAAACCAAUAAGGAGGUUUCGUUAGAGCGCGCUUGAAUAUUGAAAAUGGCUCUGAAGUUCAACCUUUCCAGAGCCUUGGAAAACAACGAAUACAGCUCGAUCACGGCGACCUAUUACUUGCUGGCCGAGAGGAUUUUGGCGUCUUGUAGAGAGGAACAGGUGAAACAUAUUGGAUUUUCAAAUUUUUGUCAUAAAUCCAUUAGCCUUGAACACUUGUCGACAUUUCGGUGGCCUUUCAGGUGGCAUCUUUAUAGUUUUUAUCUUUUAAUAAUCCGUUCCAGAAUAGUUUUUGCCUAAAAAAGGACUCAAAGCUUAAGUGAUCACUUGUCGAGUUCGAAGUAGCUUCUCAAGAAUUCCUUGAAUCUUCUUUUGAGAAAAGCCAGUUGAAUGUCACUUUAAUCAUCUUCAUUGUACGGAAGAUUUCUUUUUUAUCCAAAGAUCAAGUUUCAAAGUUUUUUCCUCUUCAGGCUCGACUACUGCUCGCAAAAGAGUUGGCUCCAACUGUUGAUGAUGAGAGGUGCAAAUUUUCUUCGUAUUGAAAAUGGAAAAAUCAUUUUUCAGUGCCGGAGAAGGUUCGAGAAGCUCAAGACCGGCCCAAGUCGGCGGAAAUCGGUGCCGAUCUCGGUCCAACUCCUGGCGAGCUCGUCCUUGCUCCAUCCUCAAGGAGGAAAGCGAGGAGGAGCUUUCGACCUACCUGAGGUCGUCGAGUCGUCAGAGCAGCAGGUAUAAAUGGGCUAGGAUCAGGGGAAUUCGCUUAUUUUAGAAGAGCUUUAGUGAAAAUCGUAGAGAUUAUUCCGUUAAAAGUAAAACGGAAUAUUUUGGAAUAAAUAGGAGACCAUAUAGUUCUGAAAAGUGCUUUUUUCUGUUCAAAUGCAAAGAUUUUGAGUAUAUUUUGGCGUAAGAAAUUGAGCGAAAUUCAAGAUUCCUUUUUCCAUUUGAAGUAGUCGGGCGAGGGGACCUUUAUAAAAAACGUGAAAAAUUGUAGCGAUAUUUAGGCUUUACAAGUAGAUAUUGGGCUCGAAAUAGGAGAAAAAAUGGAACUCCUCAAUUAGUUUUCCCAAUUAAAAAGAGGUUAGAUAUGAUUUUUAAGUAUCGGUAAUUCUAAUUCAGAACGCUCAAAACUUAAAGUAAUAUGAAAAUAUUACAAAAAAGUGACUAGAAAAAAGUUUCAAGCUUCGGCCAGUAAUCACCUUUUCAUAUGUGUACAGUUCUCCUAUCGCUUUUGGAAAUUCUUUUCAGUUCGGUGUUUGUUAAUUGAAUCUUUCCGAGUUUGGCAUGUUUCAUGUGAAAAUUUAUUGGUGUCCAGUCCUCAUUUUUCACCUUUUGCUGGCUUCGAGGAGUUUCAGCUCGUCAGAACUCAAUAUUUUAAUGAAAAUGGGCUCUUAACAGCUUGUAGAUUUAUUUUAUUGCAUAUUUAGAAAAUAAGUACGUUUUUUUUGUAUUUGAUAGUUCUGGCGACUGCGUUUCUCGAAGCUUAGCGAUCUUUUUAAGAAAUACUUGCUUGGGCUUUUGAAGGAGCAUCGGUCAAAUCCACGCAGGUCUCGAGGCGAAAAGCCUUUUUUACUGUUUAUAAGCUUCUCAGAUUUUGAAUAUAAGGUCGUAGCUCAAGCUCAGCCUCUAAUGGCGCGAAAAACCAAUCAGAGAGCGAACCAUACACAGAGCGUUUUCGAGAGACGUCAUUUUUCUUGACAUUAAGCAUUCGAACAGACUAUUAUAAUGCUCCUUCAAACAGCUGAGUCAAGAUUUUGUUAGAGAACUUUCUCCGUCCAGGUACUUCAACCUGAGCAGCGAGCGGCAGUCCUCGUCGCGCAACUUGAGCCGCUGCUGCAGCUCCCACCUGUCCCGCCAGAACUCCGAAGAAUUACCUGGAACGGCUGUGUCCGAAGCGGAGGACUACCAGCCCAGACCCAUCCAUUUCUCCCUCUUCCCCUACGGACCCCAAAGCGCCGCCGUCUCGAGCAGCCGCUUCGAAGACCUGCUCUCGCCCAUCGACGAGUGCCGCUCCACGGAGCAGAUCCGAAACCCCGAGGAACCCUCUUCCCCUAACUCCGAUCGGAAGUCCUGGCUCGGCCAUGCCAAUACCAGCUUCGAUGGGAGCUUCGACCGCAGGUCGGACCUCAGCACGGAAGCCAUCAACGAAGUUGUCGCCAACCAACUGCCCGCCCUUGUCAGAAGAAGCUCCUCCCGGCUCGUCAGAAGGUGGUGCUUUUUAUGGUGUCAAGAAUGAAGUGGCAUGUGGCUUCUCUCUUUGGGAUGUUUGGACGGUUUCACUUAUUUCUGUUUCCUUCGUUUUGGAAGAAUUAAAAAAAAAGAUUUUCUUAAGUAAAGUCAGACUUUUUCAAGUUGAGAAGAUUCUCUGAAGAAGAGUCUUCAAAAAAUAAAAAUUUUAUGUCUUGGAAAACUGAGCGCUUCUUCAUUAGAUUCAAAACGGAAUAAGAAUUUUUUUACCGAGGCUUUUUUUCAGAUAAUACUAAUUAUACUCGAUCUUUGAUGGUUUCAAAUUGCCCGCGGAUAGAAUAAGAAAAAUUUCUAUUCAAAAAUUCUUCAAACUGUUCAGACAUUCCCCAGAGUUGACAUUCCUGCAUGAUGCCUACAGCAUGGAUGUUUUUAUUAUUUUUUUGGUUUGCACGAUUUUUUCGCACCUUAUUUAUUCUAUUUUUCAUAAAAAUGUGAAAACUUUUAACAGGACCGUAUCAAGUUAACCUCAUUUACAAGUACAAGAUGGUUCAAACUAACUAUUUUCGGUAUCAAUUAACAUCAGUCCCCACAUUAAUAAAUCGAAAUAUUGAUAAGAUAUUCAUGAAUGAACUAAGGUGUAUUAACAGCUGGGUUGAGACAAAAAAGGGAAAGUUUUCAUGUUCGGAUAACUUUUUGUGGCACCUUGAAAGUUUGAAUUUUUUUAAAAGUUUUUGAGAAGAAUGAUUUUUUCCACUCAAUUGAUUGAACUCGUUCAUUCGUGAGAAAAUAAUUUUUUUUUUCUGUCUCUAACCAGCUAUAUAUGAAUUAACUGACUUUAUUAACAUGGUCGUGUCUAACUUUUUCUCUUGUAGCUUUCCUCUAUUUUUGCGUUCAGAAACUCGUCGCCGUCGGUGUCGAUGUUCGGCGGCGGCAGUACCCGUGAUCGUGUCAGUCCGCAGGCCGUCCACGAUUUGUUGGAGUUGUCGCGAUUUGGUGCGUUCCAAAGCUUUCAUUGGCGUUUUCUCUAGGAGUUUGCAUGAAGAUAGUCCGUUUUGGCGACUUGAGGGGGCGGGACUUAUCUGCGGCCUUUCCUUCUCUUUUACAUGGUCUCUAAGACUGGCCAUUAGUACUAAUACGUCAUAAUUUUACAAAAGGGGGCUUCACUUUUGGUACUAGAUCACCCUCUGUUUUUUAACGAUCCGCUCUACCAAACCGGGUCGGCGUUUUCGUAGAUACGCUGGACUUUGCACGUAUGCUCUACAAAACUGCAAAAAGACAGCGCAAACCUCGAGAAUUGAGCUAGCUUCCUUUGGAACUUUUCACAGUAGUCUGAUUUUUUAGUUCGAUCGAAAUAUCUUCAUCUCGAUUCAGGCUCGAUGCGAGGCCGAGCGGCUAGCCCUGAAAGCGUCCGAAGCAGCAGAUCACCUUCGCCACCGGCUUCCAGUGGAAGAGCCUCGCCAGGUCCUUCAUUUAAUCUUAGCUUUAUCGGACCUCGGUAACGCAAAACGGACGCGAUCCGAACGUUUCUGAGCGUUUCUAGUGCCUACUUUAUUGGCGAAUGAAUCCUUAAGUGAACCAUUAAGUGAUCUCUCACUUUACCUUAGUAGGAAAAAAAAACAACGUUAAAGUUCUCAAGACUUUUUCCUAGCUUUCAUGAUACCAGCUACUUUCUAUGUUUCAAUUCACAAUAGAGAAACAUCAAAAUGACAUAGUUUUCGAAUGUUUUCAUUUUCAGCUUUGCCAUCGCUCUCACGGCUCAAAGUAUCUUCGCUUUCUUCGAAUGUUGGCGGCAGUGGAAUGCGGAAACUGUCCUCGUCGCCGCAUCUCUUGGGAAUUUGUGAAGAGGUUUUUCACAUCAUUUAUUUGAUAUUUCAUUCGUUUUACUACUUCCAGAGUGAAGAGAACGGCGAAACGUCGAGCGGAACGAUUUGUGGGGCCCACUUGAACGCUAGGAUCGACGGAACGGCCAGGACCAAUAGGUUUCCAAUGAGAAUAAACGGAUACAAGUCAAAAUGAUUGAUUAGUUUUUGAUUUUCUGAACCUUGUUCGAAAAUCAAAUAAUAGGAACUGUAAUUUUGGUGAAAUCAUUGAGAAAUAAUUUUUUUUGUUGUUAUUUUCAAGUUUUGAAACGACUCGAUUAAACAAAAAUGGGAUUUUGUGUGUCAGGAAAGAAAAGUUGCAAAAAGUAUCAAAAAUGGGCAGACCAUUUUUUGAGGACGCCAAUACUUUCUCCAGCUUUUCGAAAAAAAAACGUUAUUGCUAAUUUUUUCUGUUUUUUUGGUGAAUAUUUGUAAACCAAGUCCUCUUCUUGGACUUGUUGAGUUCUGUGCUUGCUUAAGUAUGAUGAGAAAGAAGAAAAACAAAAAUUUUCAUUUCACUGUUCAGUUAUAAAUCGAAAAAAAGCAGAUCGGCCUCGACUGGCCUCGUCCACGUUCCCUCCCGUCAUGGCACGGUCCAUGCGACCAAGAGCUCCGGAGGCAGUUUGCUGACGUCGUCUUUCUCGACGAAAAGCCCGAUUCCGCCGCCUCUGCCGGCUGUUUCUGUGAUGAGCAGCCCCGCCGGAAGCUCCGUUUCUCAUCUCAGCACUGCCCCGACCACUUACAGGUGUCUUUUCGCCUUCCUAUGUUAUGUUCUCUUUUCAAAAGUGAGAUCGCGACAUUCUUUUCUUUUUUUCAAACGCCAGUUCCGCGAAUCUCGCAAAAUCAUUUUUGAAAAAAAUUUCGAAGUUUCCAAUUUUGAAAAUUUGAAUUGAGUGCGUGAAAGUCGUUGUUCCGUUGUAGGACCCGACCCUUCCCAUUGAUUCAUUGAAGCAAAGGUUUUCAGUGCCGUGCGGAUGAUCAGACCAAGACAGGCGGUGGUGUCUCCGGACGUUUGCCGAAGAUAUGAACAACACACGCGAUUCAUGACGAGGACUCGGCGGAGCACGAGGUAUAGUUCUGAACUGGAAACUGGGAGAAGAGGGGAGAAUUGACGAAAGUUUGGAUGAUAAUCAGCAAGUUUGUGCAACAUGAAAAGCGAUUGAGCACCGUACAGAUCUAAACGAGAACUGAUGGGAUUUCUGAAGGAUAAUUCACUGGAUGCAGGUUUUUAUGAAGUUCCGUGUCAGAACGCUCUUCAUAGGCUUUCGAAACCCCAAAAAAAUGGAACUUUUUACGAAAGGUUAAUAUUUUUUUUAAAAGAGCAGUAUAUAUAUAUAUAUAAAAAUAAUUUUACGGGGUUUUUUUCUUUCGAAAUUUGGUAUAGGAAGUUGAAUUUUUCGGAUUCAGCGGAGAGUUUUGCAGAAGACAAAGGUUUGAAGAUUCGAAAAAAACUUGAAAAAAAUAAAAAAAUUUUCGAGUUUUCAAUAAUAAUUUUUUUGGCCUAGUCAUCUUCGACUUCAAAAAUAGGUAUAACUCCGUUCGCUCCAUGAGAUUUUGCAAUGAAAGUUUUUUUGAACUCAGUUUGAAAUUCUGAGCAAGAAACUGCUUUUACAAACUUUGAAAAAAAGACAAAAGACUAUUUUCAAGUUUUCAAAAAAGAAUUUUAGGACCAAACCAACCAGUGUUCUGAAAAAUGAUCUGAAUCUGUUGGUUUUUCGAAUUUUCGAGUGAAGUUUUCAUUUUUGAUGGCUAUUUUUAUUAUAGGAAAGCUCGGAAUUAGAAAAUGCCAAAAAACGGAAAUAUUUGAAAAAUAGUAUUUCGAACUUUCUUCCAAGAAAAAUACCAGAACAGUCCAUUUUUUUGAUACGAGAAAAAAAUUUUUUUCACUUCAAUAAUUUUUCUGUUUUUUUGUGAAACAAUAAUAUUUUUUUGUCUCUACAAUGAGCCUAUUAUUUUUGAUUGGAACAUCUUGUGGCGGUUUUUUUUUCUCAAUUAAAGUUUCAGCUGUUCUUCUUCCGAAGCCUCUGACGACGAGGAAAGCCGCCGAUUGACAAUGAUCGCCUCGAAGUACUGCGGGAGAGGAAAUGAGGACGGGAAAAAGGACGAUGAUAAUGAUUCCAACGGUAGGUAUUCAUAGAAUAUUGUAUCAGAAGCCUUAGAAAAAUACUUUUUCUGUUUUUUGCAGCCGCUUUUUUAUUGAAAUUCUCAUCGUGUAAAGUUUCCUACCGUAAUAAUCCUCGUUCAGGAGGUGUCGGAGGUCAGGAAAAGAGAGAAACUUCACGAGUUCCAGUUAUUGGUGGCACUUCUACCGCUUCCAAUACUCAGGAAGGUUCCGGAACGGGCAAAGAAGAAAAAAGGUAGAUCGAUAAGACACUCAAGCAACGUUUGUAAUAUUUUCCGAUUCUCGUAAAGUAAUAUUUUCUCUUUUUCCGAUCAUAAAUUGGAUAGUUUCGAACGUUUCUCAAUCAAGUUCAAUCAAGAAGUUCUCAAUCAAAAAUUAGUUUUUUUGGAAACUUUGAGAAAUUGAAGCUCUUGGUUUGUUAAUUGGGUUUCGUAAAAAGAAAUAAAAUGAAUUUCCGUGAAAAUAUUGAAUUAUAAAGAGGCUGCUUCUAUCAUGAAGUGGAUGUUUUUCUUCAUUUUUAAAAAUAGUUUAAAAAAAAGAGGUUUUUUCUAUCAGAAUUCAUGCCGUGUUUAAGGUAGUUUCCCCGGAAUGCAAAAUUGUUUCUGACUCUCCAAAAUUUAGUUAUCUUUUUCUUCCUCUGACUUUUUUCCAGCAAUUUUUUCUUUUCCAGAUCCGAUAUGAACGAUUGCUCAGUGACCUAUCCCCUGAAACCGAUCCCCGAGAUGACCCAACUCGAUCUGACGAAUGAGAAAACUGGAAGAAGAGCCCGGCUGCUGCAUCGGUUAGUUCGACAAAACUUGAACAUUGAAAGAAAAAGCGCAAAAUAGGCAAAAAAAUCGUAUUUUGUUUUUGAACCUUAGAAAAGACUGAAAAUGCUGACCUGUCAACCUUCUAAAGCCGUACAUUUUGAGACUCGAAACGGUUGCGCGAUUUAUUCAUUCAUUUGAGUAGCUUUUUCAAUUUAUCUCGCGUUUAACCAUUUUUUUGAAUUUUUUGUAUAAUCUUAUAUUUGAACGAAGUUCAAAUUUGAACCAGUUAUGAUUUUUUUAAUCCAACCGGAAUGUUAUAUAUCUCAGGUCGCACACGGCCGAGAGAAUUCUAAGAGACUGGACGGGAGUUUUUUACGCGGAGUACAGUUUUUCCAGUGAAAAUUCCAACUGGUUUGGAACCCCGCCAAGAGAUUGCAGGUUUUUCCCGGAAGGAUUGAGAGAUAAUUCGAAUUCGCAACUUUUAGACUGGAUGAUGUGAAGUUGGUCAAGUCGCAGAACGAACAGUGGAUUCGGCAUCUGAAGAGAACCUGUUCGGAGCCGGAGUUGAGGAAUAUUUGGGUGAGUUUUGAGGGGAAAAAAAAAUGAUUUACUUACACAAGCAAAGGAUUUUUGGAAAAAAGGCCCUAAAAAAAGAACCUUUUAAUGAGCUAAAAAAAAGUGAGCGGGAAAAAAAAUAUGAUGAAAAAGGAUUCGAAAAGCUUUUGACACCUUUUUAGGAACUCAAAAAGGAGCUUGAGGCUCUUCUUUGUAAGGCAUUUUCGAGGUCGUUUGGAUUUUGCCUGUAUAGAGUGGGAAGCCGCGAAAUUACGUGAGGCGGCUUUUUUUUAUAGAUAAAAUGGCUCAAAGUUCGAAGGCAACAGUUUUUUUCAAUGAAAAUAUAUGCCUUGAAUUUAAAAAGAAAAAAAGCAAAAAAAUGCAAGAAAUCGAAAAAAACCUCUGAAUAAUUUUUUUCAGAUUUCUUGUGAAAAUGUGGACGAAAAAGAAGGAUUCCAUGGUUUUCGAGGCUGAAAACAAGUUUUCCGAGCCGUCGGAUGAAGAUUCGGGAUGUUCGUCGGAAGAUCGCGACUUGGUAACAGAUUUCGAGAUUUUAUUUUUUCGAAACUUCAUUUCCAGUUGGACGAUCGCCAAACCAACAUUUACGACGAAGAGGACGAUUUCCUGGCCCCUGGCUAUUCGUUGCCGAUCGAAAAAGUCAAUAGAUGGCUCAAAAAUGCGCAUUUUUGUGUGGCUUAG